AUGGGGGAUCAGAAGGAGGCACUGAAGAAGAUCAUCACAACUCUGGCAGUGAAGAAUGAAGAGAUACAGAACUUCAUCUAUGCCCUGAAACAGAUGCUGCUCAAUGUGGAGGCCAAUUCCAACAAGGUCCAGGAAGACUUGGAGGCAGAGUUCCAGUCACUGUUCUCACUGCUGGAUGAGCUGAAGGAAGGCAUGUUGAUGAAGAUCAAACAGGACCGGGCUAGCCGAAUCUAUGAACUCCAGAACCAGCUGGCAGCCUGCACCAAGGCUCUGGAGAGCUCUGAGGAACUUCUGGAAACAGCCAACCAGACACUGCAAGGAGCAGACAACCAAGAUUUUCCCCAGGCUGCCAAGCAGAUAAAGGACAGCGUGACCAUGGCCCCAGCAUUCCGGCUGUCCCUGAAAGCAAAGGUCAGCGACAACAUGAGCCACCUCAUGGUGGACUUCGCCCAGGAGAGACGCCUCUUGCAGGCCCUGAAGUUCCUGCCAGUGCCCAGUGCCCCGGAGAUUGACCUCGCAGAGUCCCUGGUGGCAGAUAACUGUGUGACCCUGGUGUGGCGGAUGCCAGAUGAGGAUGGCAAGAUUGACCACUACGUGCUCGAAUACCGGCGCACCAACUUUGAGGGUCCACCUCGGCUCAAGGAAGACCAUCCCUGGAUGGUGAUCGAGGGCAUCAGGCAGACGGAAUACACACUGUCUGGUCUAAAGUUUGACAUGAAAUACAUGAACUUUCGAGUAAAGGCAUGCAACAAGGCAGUGGCUGGAGAGUUCUCAGAACCCGUCACACUGGAAACCGCGGCUUUCAUGUUCCGGCUGGAUGCCACAACAUGCCACCAGAACUUGCGGGUGGAAGAAUUAUCGGUGGAGUGGGAUGCCAUGGGAGGGAAAGUUCAGGACAUCAAGGCUCGAGAGAAAGACAACAAAGGUCGGACUGCCUCUCCUGUCAACUCCCCGGCCAGAUGCGCCCAAUCUCCCAAGAGGAUGCCUUCUGGGCGGGGAGGCCGGGAUCGCUUCACGGCAGAGUCCUACACCGUGCUAGGGGACACCCUCAUCGAUGGUGGCGAGCACUACUGGGAGGUGCGCUAUGACCGGGACAGCAAGGCCUUCGCUGUUGGCGUUGCCUACCGCAGCUUAGGCCGCUUUGACCAGCUGGGCAAGACGCCGGCCUCCUGGUGCUUGCACCUGAACAACUGGCUGCAGGUCAGCUUCACGGCCAAGCAUAACAACAAGGCCAGGAUCCUCGAUGUGCCUCUGCCGGACUGCAUUGGGGUCCACUGUGACUUCGACAAAGGGGUCCUGUCCUUCUACAAUGCCCGAACCAAGCAGCUGCUUCACACUUUCAAGGCCAAAUUCAACCAGCCGCUGCUGCCGGCCUUCAUGGUGUGGUGUGGAAACUUCCAGGUGUCCUCUGGCCUUCAGGUGCCCAGCUCGGUGAGGUGCCUCCAGAAGCGGAACAGCGCCACCAGCAGCUCCAAUGCCAGCCUUACCUAGCCUGCCCUUUCCUGCCCCAGCUCGUGCAGAGGCCUGCUCCUGGGGGCCCACCUCCGGCCUCAGGCCAUGACCUCAGAGCGUGGACUUGACUCCCCCUCGCCCAGUCCCGUGAAGGUGAUGGGAGCCCAGGGCAGCCUUGGAGCCCUCCCAGGGGCAGUCCUCUCCUUGCAGUUACCUCUUCUCACAACAAAUGCUGCUUUGGGCCUUAACACAGACCGGGAGUCCAGAACUAGGGCAUGGAGGGGGGGCUAGGGCUGGAUUCAUUCUAUUCCCCCCCCCCAAUUAAAAGGAAAUCCACCUGGAUGGGCCCCUUUCUUGAUCUUUCAGCUCAGGGUUCUUCUCCCGCUGCCCGGAGACAGAAAAGGAGACUCUCUGCUACUGACCCACUGCAUGGGACCUUGGCCCAGUCCCUCUCCCUCUCUGGGCCUCAACUUCCCCAUGCCUAAAAGUGGUUUAAAGAGAAAGAGAGGGUGGGGUUUGGACUAGAUGAUCCUCUAGCUCCCCUCUGGCUCUGACCUACUAGGCUCUUCCUUCUAAAGGUCUGUUCUCAGCCUCUGCUGCCCUAACAGAUUAGGCUGGGUGUUUGUUCUAAGGGCCCUUCCAGCUUUGAUAUGCUUUAACCUGUUUUCUUUUCCUUUUUUCCUUUUUUU